GAUAUGAGCACGCGACCGAUGCGUUGAUCAGCCGCCAUUAUUUCAGUCGACUGAAGAUUCAUCGAUCAGACUGUCCUCUGAAAUUUAGAAAUCUUGUACUAAAUCACUAGACCGUCAGUACUGUUUUCUGAUAGACGGCAAAAAUACUCAAAGCAGAAAGCAAGGAGGUGUCAACCAUGGCUUCGGCCGUCGAGCCCAAGAAGAAGAGCAACGUCACGUAUGCCUUCAUCUGCUCCAUCCUCGCGUCCAUGGCCUCCAUCAUCCUCGGAUACGGUACACGAUUCACCUCACGUAAAUCGUCGCUCUUCUAUCUACACGGGUCACAAACAUCUGUGUGCACUGUUGGAAUUCGAAGACAUCGGGGUGAUGAGCGGGGCGGCGCUGUACAUCAAGAAGGACCUCAAGAUCACCGACGUUCAGCUGGAGAUCCUCAUGGGCAUCCUCAACUUCUACUCGCUCAUCGGCUCCUUCGCGGCCGGGCGGACCUCCGACUGGAUCGGCCGCCGCUUCACCGUCGUCGUCGCGGCCGCGUUCUUCUUCUCCGGCGCCUUGCUCAUGGGCCUCGCCGGCGACUACGCCACGCUGAUGUUCGGCCGCUUCGUGGCUGGCGUGGGCGUGGGCUAUGGGCUGAUGAUCGCGCCGGUGUACACCGCCGAGGUGUCCCCGGCGUCGGCCCGUGGCUUCCUGACCUCCUUCUCGGAGGUGUUCAUCAACAUCGGCAUCCUCCUCGGGUACGUCUCCAACUACGCCUUCGCCCGCCUGCCGCUCCACCUCGGCUGGCGCGUGAUGCUCGGCAUCGGCGCGGCGCCGUCCGUCCUGCUCGCACUCAUGGUGUUCGGCAUGCCCGAGUCGCCCCGGUGGCUCGUCAUGAAGGGCCGCCUCGCGGACGCCAGGGUCGUGCUUGACAGGAUCGCCGAGACGCCGGAGGAGGCCGCGGAGCGCCUGGCUGACAUCAAGGCCGCCGCCGGCAUCCCCGACGACGUCGACGGCGACGUGGUCCCCGUGCCCAGGAGGAGAAGCGGCGAGGAGAAGCAGGUCUGGAAGGAGCUGAUCCUGUCCCCGACCCCGACCGUGCGGCGCAUCCUGCUCGCGACGCUUGGCCUCCAGUUCUUCCAGCAGGCGUCGGGCGUUGACUCCGUCGUGCUCUACAGCCCGCGCGUGUUCCAGAGCGCUGGCAUCACCGACGACGACCAGCUCCUCGCUACCACCUGCGCCGUCGGCGUCACCAAGACCGUCAUCGUCUUGCUGGCCGCGAUCCUCCUCGACCGCGUCGGCAGGCGGCCGCUGAUGCUGGCCAGCUCCGGCGGCAUGGUCGUCUCGCUCGUCGGCCUCGCCGCGGGGCUCACCAUCGUGGGCCGGCAUCCGGACGGCGCCAAGGUCCCCUGGGCCGUGGGCCUGUGCGUCACGUCCACGCUGGCCUUCGUGUCGUUCUUCUCGAUCGGGCUCGGGCCCAUGACGGCGGUGUACACCUCGGAGAUCUUCCCGCUGCGGGUGCGCGCGCUGGGCUACGCGGUCGGCGUGGCCUGCAACCGCGUGACAAGCGGCGUCGUCUCCAUGACCUUCCUGUCGCUGUCCAGCGCCAUUACCAUCGGCGGCAGCUUCUUCCUCUACGCCGGCAUCGUCGCUCUCUCUUGGGUGUUCUUCUUCACCUGCCUCCCGGAGACGCGCGGCCGGACGCUGGAGGAGAUGGCCGAGCUGUUCGGCACGACAUCAGCUGCGGGCACUGAAGCAGAAGACGCCACCCGGCGUGGGACGGACAGCAGCAGCUCGAGACUCCUGGGAUGAGGCUUGGCUUGACUACACGAAGAAUCUUCUGCGCUUUGGUUCAUGUGCGAAUGUGCGAUGGACGAUGGUAUUGGUCUGCAAGACCUGUAGUAAUUCGGGGGCCUGGGCCCAAGAUAAAAUUAGGCCCCAAUAUUGAAACCAUAAAUAUUCGAAGCGCUUAUUCUGCCUACGAUUCUUGUUUGGAAUCAUGCAAA